AUGGUUGACAGCAAGGUCCCGUCGCCGGGUCCCGCCAAGCUGAAACGCAAUGCUGGUCCCGAGGAAUGGCUUGAGGCAGCCAAGGACUGCAAGUACCUGUCCGAAGCGCACAUGAAGCAGCUGUGUGAGAUGGUCAAGGAGUACAUGAUGGAGGAAUCCAACAUCCAGCCCGUCUCCACCCCCGUCACCGUCUGCGGCGACAUCCACGGCCAGUUCUACGAUCUCCUCGAACUCUUCCGGGUCUCGGGCGGCAUGCCCGAUGGCACCGAGCUCGACCCCCCAAAGACUGAUCCCUCGAUCAUCACCUCCGCCGACCUUGAACCCCCGUCCACCAUCACGGACCCUAAGAUCCGGAAAAAGCUCCGCGGGCCCAGCGACAGCUCGCACAAGGAUGACGACGACGACGAAGAGACAGGUUCCAACGAUGCUCGCAGUCGAUCGCCUGCAGGGUCCGACGAUGUCCGGCUCAACCGCAACUUUGUUUUUCUGGGGGAUUAUGUGGAUCGCGGAUAUUUCAGUCUAGAGACUUUGACACUAUUACUGUGUCUGAAGGCAAAGUAUCCUGACCGGGUCACGUUGGUUCGCGGCAACCACGAGUCUCGACAGAUUACGCAGGUAUAUGGGUUCUACGAGGAAUGUUUCCAGAAGUACGGAAGUGCUUCGGUCUGGAAAGCAUGCUGUCAGGUCUUUGACUUCAUGACGCUGGGGGCUAUUAUCGACGGCAAGGUCUUGUGUGUUCACGGAGGACUGAGUCCCGAGAUCCGGACGCUGGAUCAAGUUCGGGUUGUGGCUCGCGCCCAGGAGAUUCCCCAUGAGGGAGCCUUCUGCGAUCUGGUUUGGUCCGACCCGGACGAUGUCGAGACCUGGGCUGUCAGCCCACGGGGAGCAGGCUGGCUAUUUGGUGACCGAGUGGCCGACGAAUUCUGCCAUGUCAACGAUCUCUCCCUGAUUGCCCGCGCACACCAGCUGGUCAAUGAGGGGUACAAGUAUCACUUCUCUAACCAAAAUGUCGUUACCGUGUGGAGUGCACCAAACUAUUGCUAUCGGUGUGGGAACCUGGCGUCGGUCUGCGAGAUCGACGAGAACCUGAAGCCCGCCUUCAAGCUGUUUAGCGCCGUCGGGGACGAUCAGCGACAUGUGCCGCCCUCACGGCCGGGUCGCAGUGAGUACUUUUUGUAA